AUGAUAACGGUCGCACGUUACACACGUACCACGGAGAAUCGUUUGGGUAGCUUAUUUUGGGCGGAUGGUGAGAUGAUUUCGGAUUAUCAGGUCUUUGGUGAUGUCCUGGCAUUCGACUCCACAUAUCGUUCUAACAAGUACAAGAAGCCAUUGGUGGUUUUCUCUGGUUCAAAUCACCACAAACAAACAUCCAUAUUCGGGUUUGUGCUAUUAGAGGAUGAAGAGGUCCGAACUUAUCGGUGGGUGUUGUUGAACCUGCUGGAUGUUAUGGGACAGAAGAGGCCAUGCGUAGUUGUGACGGAUGGGGACAAGGCAAUGCGUGCUGCCAUUGCGGAGGUGAUGCCGGCCGCAACACAUAGACUAUGCGCUUGGCACCUAGAAAAGAAUUGCGUCCAGAGGGUGAAGGAUCUUGAAUUUCGCAAGGUUUUUAAGAAAGCUCUGUAUGCAAAUUUUGAAGUCGACGACUUUGAGUUGUAUUGGAAGUCUUCGGUUGAGUCGCUCGGCAUAGUUGAUAAUACUUGGGUUCAAAACAUGUACGAAACCAGAGAAAGCUGGGAAUGGCCUACCUACGGGGCACAUUCUGUGCGGGGUUUUCUCAAGUCAACUGAUAGCAUUUUGGAACUCGUACACAGUUUGGACCGGGUUGUAAAGGACUACCGGAAUAAUGAAGUAACUGCCCAAUUCUAUUCCACGUACUAUACUCCGGUGCUAACGACCGGCCUUGAUUCGAUCGAGCUUUUUGCAUCAAAGGUGUAUACACGAGCAAUUUUUAGGGAAGUAAAGAAACAGAUUAAGGGUGUCGCGAGUUUAUUGUUUCGGAGCAGGGACAGCAUUAGCACUACUAGUGUAUACCAAUUUUCGAAGAUGGGAAAACCUAACAAGAUACACAAGGUGUUGUAUGAUCCGAACGAGGAAAAGAUUGAGUGUGAGUGUUCAAUAUGGAACAGUGAGGGAAUUCCAUGUAGUCAUAUAUUCUGUGUCAUGAAGUAUGAGGGGUUGGAAGAAAUCCCGGAGGGUCUUAUUCUGAGCAGGUGGUGCAAGGAUGCAAAGGGCUGGAGUUCGAAACCCCCCCAAGUGACAGAUGGCCCUCAGGGACGCUUGCUCCGAUAUGGUGCCCUCAGUGGUUUGAUGAAUUUGGUUGCCAGACUUGGUUCUGAAGAUCCCGCGGAGUUUGUUGUCGCUAGGGAAGGCAUUGCCAGCCUUGUGGAGGACCUUCAACGAAGAGCAUACCGCCGGGUCGGAAGCCAACUUGGUUUAUCAAUGCCGCCGGCACUGAAGGAUCCACCGGUUUCAAAAACAAAGGGGGCUCCGAGGAAGGGAAAGGAGGUAGAGCCAGAACCGGGCAGCAAGUGUGAGAUACCAACGAAGCGACGACGUUGUACAAGCUGUGGGGUUCAUGGUCAUACGAAGAAGACAUGCACGUGGCAUCGGGCCCAUCGUGGACCUGACACUGAAGGGGGAGCGGUCCCAGGUUGCGCGGAGUGUUCCUCUGGGAUGGGGAGUGCCCCGUCUGCAACUUUGAGAGAUAAAUCUGCUGGAAGAUUCCAGAAUUCGGAGCGCAAUAUUGAUGAGACGGGUGACCUAGGCCACACCGCUUCACUCCAUCGUGAGGGUGCAACACCGGGAGGGGAGUCUCAUGGAAACGAUGUCAGCCGAAUGUCUAAUCCGACAAGGCACACCAACGAAGAACUAUUAGAGCAUUGGCUAUCACAGGACCGUGCUUUUGUUGUUGAUGUGAACAGAAUGCCGUGGGCAGGCCAUCGUGCAGCAGAAGGAAUGGUUGCGCAUAGAAGCAAACACAAGUUGCUGGUUCAAUGGGCUAUAACGGGAAUAGCUAGUUCUGUGUUCGCUAGUAAUGUUUCGGUGUAG